CCCAUAUGCAUAUAUAAAUUAUUUGCACUAAAUCUUAGCUCAGCAUUCAAAAUCUCGAAGCUCCCUACGCUUUCAAAAAUCUCAAACCCGCGCCACCGCCUAUGGCCCCCUCCACACCUCCGCCGGCGGCGGAACCUUCUAGCGCCACCACAAAUACCACACGGCCGCUCUUCCAAAACCCUCCUAGACCCCAAACCUCCCACCCUUUCUAUUCGCCUUCGCCUCCGCGACUCCCUUCCAAUCCUAACCCUAAUUACCCUCAAUUGGCGCCUCGCCCGCCUCAUCUCCACCCCCAUCCGCAGGAUCCCUCUCACCUUCUCUACCCGGUCGCAUCCUCUGGCCGUGGAUUCCUCUCCAGGUCCGUCGGCAUGCCCGCUGGCCGAGCAGCCUCCCCGCGGCCGCCAUUUAUGUUCCCUUACUUGGACCAGGGCGGUCAGGGCCUCGUCAGGCCAAACCACUUUUCACAUAUGCUUCUUGGGUCUGGAUCGGGUCCUGCUGCUAAUGCUUCAGGUGGAGGGCUAGUGCCUGGCGUGGUUAAAGGAAUUCCCAUCCCGCACCAUUCGAAGGCUGGUCCUACUUCAGCUUCAAUGUCAGACAACAAUGGCCACAAGGAUUUAAGGAAUAUGAAUAAAGACGAUGCUUUUGUUACAGUCAAAUAUAGAAGGGUUCGAGUGUCUGAAGAUGCUUCUCUUUAUACCCUUUGCCGAUCAUGGUUGAGGAAUGGUUUUCCUGAGGAGACACAACAGCCUCCAUACCUUGACACUGUCAGAGCACUUCCCAGGCCUUUGCCUGCAGCUUCUCAAAAUCAGCUUUCGGAUUCAUCUGAUAAAAAGGCAGAAGAUAAAGAACAGGAAGACGAGGAUAAGGAUUCUGUUGAACAUUUGUCUGAGAGAGAACUAUUACAAAGACACAUCAGUCGAGCCAAGAGGGUUCGUUCACGGCUAAGAGAAGAGAGACUUCAAAGAAUAUCCAGAUACAAAACCCGGCUUGCUCUUCUCUUGCCUCCAAUGGUAGAACAGCAUUUCAAAAACGAAUCAUCUGGAGCCAACUGAGAAAUAAAACCUCACUGAUAUAGGUCAAGCAAGUCAUAUAUAUAUAUGACUUUCUUGCCAUUGAAAUCUUAUCAGGAAGCCUGACCAUCUAUUGCUGUAGUUGUCCAGACCAGAUUUGGAUUGAAGUGGAUGCAAAGACUGCGGUGAAUUGGAAACAAGUUUGGUUCAUCAAUACCCAUUUCAUGAAUUAUGAGUUUGUGGCAUAAUCUGUAAGUAACCUAAAUUAGAUGUUUGUAUUGCUCAUAUGACUUUGUCUGAGGUACCUGUAAUUUUUUAUUUUAUGUGUGGGGGGGAGGGGGGGGGGGGUGGUAUUAUUUACGCAGUUCGUGUUUCAAGUGAAGAUUGAUCCAAUCUAAAAUGCUGAAGAGUGUUAUGAACUUGUCUAUAAUUUGAUUUGCAUGCAGUAGUAGUCUACAUUGAGCUGAUAAAUGCAGCUGAGCUAAACUAACAUUGAAAUUGGUUGUUAUAUCGGUUAGUUUAUGUAUUCAAGUGUGUUAGAUGA